UCGCGCUCUCCACUUGCCGAAUUCAGCAACGAGUCACUGUACUUUCGGUUGCCCACCCACCAUGAAUAUCUUCAGAAGUCUCAUAGGCAAAGUCUGGCAGGACCCCAAUGCUGCAGAGGUUGUCAAAAUCCCGGCCGGCCAGCUAUUUCUCGUUCGUCCAGGCAACAUUCGAUCAUCCAGAGAAUGCAUCUAUCCAGAAGCAAUGGCAACUGUCCGGCGUGUACCAUCGGUGGAGCAUAAUUUCCAGUUAGUUAUCACAAGGGUUUAUGAAGAAGGCGACCAGGAGCUUUUGGAGGAUGAGGAAGAAACGGACGAAGAGCGCGUAUUUCUCAUCAGUGAAGAGCUAGAAUUUCGGACUGGCGAAACGGACGGGGAGCCGACUUUCAUUUGGCGCGAUCUUGAAGGAGACGUCGAUGAAAUGUAUGAAUUCGUUGCACAGGGAACAAAUGCUCCCACCAAAGCCUUCUUCGAAACUUGCAUGUAUCAUGCAAUGUACGAGCGCAAGUACAAAGUCAACCCUGAAGAUGUCAAAGAUGUCAAAUUGGAUGAAUUUAUGUGGAAACCUCCGACUCCGAAGAAGCCGCCUCCACGACGUAAAGUUGUCACUAAGGCACCGUCCACAUCCUCUGUCGAAGAAAUCACUAAUCCUGCCCCCGCGUCCAUGCCUAAUGAUAAGGGCAAAUCUAAAGCGUCAUCGUCGCUUUUGGACUCGCUCUCUUCAUUGAUUGCUACUGAAGCUGAACUCUACUACUGGGAGCCCGAACAACAUGAGUUUACUCACCAAGGGAUUGUCACAGCACAGCUUGCCACCAAGGGAGGGACUUACCACUUCUGGAUAACUGCGUCUGUAGAUGAAGGCCCCUUGCUCGUACAUUCUAUCAUGCCAAGUAUGAAUCCUCGUUGGUCUGAAAAGAUGAAAUCUGUUACGUGGAAUUUCGUUCACAAUGACAACAGAGUAGAUGGGUGGCUGUUUAGAUUUCCUUCCGAAGAGAUUUAUGCGAGAUUUUUGGACGUGUUCACGCGGUGUGCUUGGGAAUCACUCCAUCAAGCAUCUUGGGAUAAACUCAAGGAGGACGAGAGGAACUAUAUUCGGAGUUCGAAUAUUGGGGAUGUCGAGAUGAAGGAUGUAGAUCAAGACGAAGAGGAGGAAGAGGAAAUCCUUUCUGAACUUGAUCCUGACGAAAGCGACGAGGAGGACGAGCCCGUGUAUGAAGACGAAGACUUACCACCUCCAAUACCGGGCGAGACUAACUCGCAACUUGUCGUGGGCUAUAAAGGUGAUCGCUCCUAUGUGGUUCGUGGAAACAAUAUCGGGGUGUUCGGAUCCACUUCAGACCACGAUGUCAAAUAUCAAGCUACGAUCAGCAAGCUCGCCACACCUAAAGGCAAGCUUUUCAAACCUAAGCAUCUCAUGCUCCACGAUCAAGAUACCAAGAUGAUCUUGAUGAAUCCCAACGAGCCGAACUCGCUUUUCAAUUUGGAUGUUGAACGAGGCAAAAUCGUGGAGGAGUGGAAAGUUCAUGACGACAUUACGGUUGAUCAUAUCGCACCCGAUAACAAGCUCGCUCAAUUCACUCCUGAGCAAACUCUAGUUGGCGCGUCGCACAAUGCAUUAUUCCGUAUCGACCCCCGUGUUUCAGGGGCCAAAAUGGUUGACAGCCAAUACAAGCAAUACGCCGGGAAAAAUAAGUUUUCUGGUGUCACCACUACUGCUUCCGGCAAACUAGCUGUCGCAAGUGAGAAGGGUGAUAUCCGCCUCUUUGACACCAUCGGGAAGAACGCAAAAACCGCACUUCCUCCCUUGGGCGACCCUAUUACAGGUGUCGACGUUACAGCCAACGGUCGUUAUAUCGUGGCCACCACCAAGACCUAUUUGUUAUUGAUUGAUACACUCAUCGGGGAAGGCAAAUACGCCGGCUCUUCAGGGUUUGAUCGCAGCUUCCCGGCCAAUGCCAAACCCAUUCCUCGUCGACUGACACUCAGGAAUGAACACGUUGCAUACAUGAAUCAUAAUAUCUCGUUUACUCCUGCGAGGUUCAAUCUUGGAGAAGGGCAAGAAGAAAACGCUAUUGUCACAUCCACCGGACCGUUCGUCAUCGCCUGGGACUUUGCUAAAGUGAAGAAAGGUCUUCUUGAUCGCUACGAGAUCAAAAAGUACGAAGAUGCAGUCGUGCAGGACAAUUGGAGAAUGAACAGCGAUCAAGAUAUUAUUGUUGCGUUGAGGAACAACGUGUUUGGAAUCAACAAGAAGAACUUGAAGAAGCCCACGAGACACUCGUUGGCUCCAGGAGCAAGCAAAUCCAGCAUUGUGGAUAGCCCUUAUUAA